AAACCCACGCCAAACGAUCAUUGAUCCAUGUGUCCGUAGGCCGAUUUGAUCCAUCCACUGUCAUUAGGGAGUGUGUGAACCAUGGACUAACAAGUCCUAGACUAACUUUAUAUAUACAUGCAGAUGUAGAGCCAGUGAACCAGUUCAUUGACUGUCCUCCAUCAUUUGUAUAUGGGGACGAGGGCUCUUGUUCCUGCGGCGGCGAUGGCGGCGCUUGUGGCGGUGUCCGCCGUGAUGGAGGCGGCGGCGGCGGCGACGACGUACACGGUGGGUGCGCCGGACGGGCUGUGGGACAUGCAGACCGACUAUGCCCAGUGGGUCAAGACCAGGACCUUCCACCCCGGCGACAAGAUCAUGUUCACGUACUCGCCGGAGCUGCACGACGUGGUGGAGGUGACCAAGGCGGGGUACGACGCCUGCUCCAGCGCCAACAACAUCUCCGCCUUCCGCUCCGGCAACGACGUCGUCGCCCUCGCCGACGUCGGCACCCGCUACUUCCUCUGCGGCCUCACGGGCCACUGCGACAGCGGCAUGAAGAUCCGGAUCGACGUCGUCGCCGCCGCCGCGCCUGGCCCAGCCGCCGCCGCCGCCGGGCCGUCCUCCUCCUCCGCGUCCAGGGCCGCGGCGGCCUCUUCCGCCGGGAUCGCCGCCGCCUGCUUGCUCCUGCAGCACGCCGUCGUCAUCGCGCGGCUGCUUUGGUAGCCAUACCCAUAGCUUGUUUGUUAGACGCGUCUUAAUAUUGUGCUUAGACGUUUGGUGUUGCUAUACAUUGCGUACUUAAUUGUGUACGUAGUUUUGUUUUAGCCUGUACACUUUCGUUAUUUCAAUACCUUGGGGUACUUAUAAUAAUACUGUUAUUCGUUUAUUCAA